UAAUUUCUCCAUCGCAUAUAAGCAAACGCCUCUCUCAACACACAAAUCAUUUUUCGUCUUCAAUUCUCUCAUCCUCGUCUAAGAAGAGAGCGUUUUCUUUACAGGAGGUAACAGUUUCAAGCCCUGCAAGCGGAAGAAACGAAAAGUUUGAAGCUUUCUUUUAUGUCUGUCAAGAUCUCACCGUUUUGUUGUCAAUCUGGUUGCUUGGAAAGUACUAUCCUGCAUCCGGAGCUAAGAACCACUACUAGCUCCUUUAUCACUCUAGGCUCACGCAUCUUCAAACCCGAGACUCCCCCUCCACUCUCUGACUAACUAAACAUGGCGCUCCAGAACAUUGGUGCAUCCAACCGUAACGAUGCCUUUUACAGGUACAAGAUGCCUAAGAUGGUUACCAAGAUUGAAGGCAAAGGUAACGGAAUCAAGACCAACAUUGUCAACAAUGUCGAGAUUGCAAAGGCCUUGGGGAGACCUGCUUCUUACACGACAAAGUACUUUGGUUGUGAGUUGGGUGCUCAGUCUAAGUUUGACCAGAAGACUGGGACUUCGCUUGUGAAUGGAGCUCACAGCACGGCUAAGCUUGCGGAGCUUCUUGAGGCUUUUAUUAAGAGGUAUGUUCAGUGUUAUGGAUGUGGGAACCCUGAGACUGAGAUUAUUAUUACGAAGACUCAGAUGGUGAAUCUUAAGUGUGCUGCGUGUGGGUUUAUCUCUGAGGUUGACAUGAGGGAUAAACUGACGACGUUUAUUCUGAAGAACCCGCCUGAGGCGAAGAAGGGGGGAAAGGAUAAGAAGGCUAUGAGGAGAGCUGAGAAGGAGAGGCUUAAGGAAGGUGAAGCUGCUGAUGAGGCGCAGAAGAAGCUCAAGAAGAAAGCACCUUCUAACGGGAAGGAGUCUUCUUCUUCUAAGGUGUCCAAGAAUCAUACUUCUGAUGAGGAUAUAAGUCCAAAGCACGAUGAGAGUGUGCAGGAGGAGGAGGAUGAUGAAGAUGAUGAUGGUAUCCAGUGGCAGACCGACACUUCUAGAGAAGCUGCUGAGAAGAGAAUGAAGGAACAGUUGAGUGCUGCAACUGCUGAAUUGGUGAUGCUCUCUGUAGAAGAAGAGGAGCCCAAUAAGCUCGUGCAGGUGAUGAAAGAGUAUCUGAAGAAAGGCUCACCGUUAAGCGAGCUCAAAACUUUCAUCUCCUCUCUCUCUGAUCCUCCUCAAGAUGUUAUGGACGCACUCGUCAAUACUCUCUUUGAUGGUGUAAGCAAAAAAUUUGCUGAAGAAGUGAUCAAAAAGAGUAAGUACAUAGCGGCUGCAAUGCAAGAGGAUGGUUCACAGAUGCAUCUGCUCAACUCAAUCGGAUCUUUCUUUCGUAAGAAAGAUAACGAAGAGGUGGGUAAAGAGGUGGCUCGUGUUCUUAAAGCAUUGUACGACAAAGACAUUAUUGAGGAAGAGCUUGUGUUGGAAUGGUACCAAAAGGGUCUGACAGGAGCUGACAAGAGCUCGUCUGUUUGGAAGAAUGUUGAGCCUUUUGUGGAUUGGCUCCAGACUGCUGAUUCCGAGACCGAAGGGGAGGAUUGAGAGAUGCUUUGCUCUCAUGUCUUGUUCUAUUUUAAUGGGUUUUUAUUUCAGUUAUCGUUAGUAUUUUGAAAACCAGUUUGUUGUGAGAAUACUAUCUGUCAUUGCUUUGCUCUUUAUGUCUUGUUUCAGUUAUCGUCAGUAUUUUAAAAACCAGGUUGUUGUGAAAAUACUAUCUGUCAUUUGACUUAUUGGUAUAAUUGUCGUUUGUUGCAUUAAAUCAUUGUCUUAUUUAAUAUCGUAACAUUUAUGUGAUAAUGGGC